AUGACGCUCCACUUGAACUCUCUGGCCCAACUCUCUGUCGCUCUCGCCGUUGCUGGAAACUUCCUCAUGGCGUCUGGGUUCAAUAUCUCUCACACAGAUAAUAUUGUAGAAUACUAUGGCCAGAACUCCUACGGCGCAACCAGCUCGGACGAAUCUUUGUGGCAGCAAGACCUGGCCUUCUACUGUCAAGAUGACACUAUAAAUACGUUUCCGCUAGCCUUUUUGACUGUUUUCUUUGGGACUGACGGCCUUCCUGAAAUUAACCUGGCCAAUACGUGUAACUCUGUUGACUUUGCUGUCUUCAACGGUACAAGUCUAGCGAACUGUCAGUUCAUGGCAUCGGACAUCCAGACAUGCCAAGCAGCAGGGAAGAUUGUCACCAUGAGUCUUGGCGGUGCCACUGGCGCUGCUACAUUUUCCAAUGAUUCACAGGCCGAGGAAUUUGCGCAGACCAUAUGGGACCUCUUUUUAGGGGGAUCAAGUGAUACACGGCCAUUCGGAGACGCAGUGUUGGACGGAAUCGACCUGGACAUUGAGGGUGGAGGCAGUACUGGAUUUGUGGCUUUCGUGAACAUGAUUCGAUCGCUAGCUAGUGGAGCAGAUAAGCAGUACUACAUUACUGCGGCACCACAAUGCGUUUUUCCGGAUGCAUACUUGGGAUCGGUUUUGGAUUCGGCGGAGUUUGAUGCUAUAUACGUUCAGUUCUACAACAACUGGUGUGGUCUCCAGAACUAUGACAACGCAAACGCCUGGAAUUUCGCCACUUGGGACAACUGGGCUAAGACUACUUCGCCUAACCCCAACGUGAAAGUUUACAUUGGUGCUCCUGCUUCCUCAACAGCUGCAGGGAGUGGCUAUGUCGACGCUGCAACCUUGGCCACUAUUGCGACAGAGACUCGUAGCCAGUAUUCCUCUUUCGGUGGUAUCAUGUUUUGGGAUGCUUCGCAAGCUUACGCUAACGGUCGCAUUGACGUUACCGUUAAGAGCGCCCUCGCAGGAGGUGUUACUACGACAUCGACUUCCACGACCACGACCACAACUUCCACAACCACACCUCCUACAACUACAACGACCACGACAACCUCAGCCACGACCACUACCUCAUCCAGCGGAGGGAGCACAAGCUGCAAUGGAGUCGCUGUUUGGAGUAGCACAACGACGUACGUGGGUGGAAACCAGGUUACUUAUGAUGGCCAGUUGUGGACUGCAUCUUGGUGGACCUAUAAUGACACACCUGGAGGUGCCGCAGGUGUCUGGGUUAGCAAUGGCGACUGUGCGUCCCUAAACAUCGCUUCCAUUGUCACCACUGCCACCCCCGCCGCCACCUUGACCGACUCCCGACACGUCGUAGACAAAGCCCGAACGAUCAACACGGUGGCGGUUCCAACUGAGACUUCAGCUUCUGUUGAAGCUACGUCGGCUCCUACUGGCAACGCUCGCAUGAAGAGAGUCCACUACUCAUCAGGGUUCUGA